UUCCCAGGCUCCACUGCGCGGCCCACCUCUCCGUCCUUGGCCCAGCAGCCCGUUUGCCUGCUCCCGCUGCACCCGGCCUGUCCGCCCUCGCCGCCGCUGCCGCCAUGCUGCCCACCGCCCUGCUCCGCCGCUGCGGCCCCCGUCUGCUGCGCCAAGCCCGCGUCCCGGCCCCUGCGGCCCUUCCGGCCCGCGCCUACGCCGAGGCCGCUCCGGCCGCCGCCGCCGGCGUCCCCGGCCAGAUGUCCUUCACCUUCGCCUCCCCGACGCAGGUGUAUUUCAACGAGGCCAAUGUGAAGCAGGUGGAUGUCCCAACCCAGAGUGGGGCCUUUGGGAUCCUCGCUGCCCACGUCCCCACCCUGCAGGUGCUGAAGCCAGGCGUGGUGACCGUUCAUGCCGAGGAUGGCACCACCACCAAGUAUUUUGUGAGCAGUGGUUCUGUCACAGUGAAUGCCGAUUCCUCGGUGCAGCUGCUGGCAGAAGAAGCCGUGGCUCUGGACAUGCUGGACGUGGCGGCCGCCAGAUCCAACCUGGAAAAGGCACACUCAGAGCUGUCGGGGGCAUCAGAUGAGGCAGCCCGGGCCGAGGUUCAGAUCAGGAUAGAAGCCAAUGAAGCUAUUGUGAAAGCGCUGGAAUCAUGAGCUGGGGAGCCAAACCGUUGGAGUCCUCCAGAGAUGGUGUGCCAUUCUGCUCCGUGGCGCUCACCUUGAGCUGAAGAGACCAGGAAAUACCCAGGAGGGAAGAGGAUGCCUACCCCCCAGUCCCUCUUCCUGCCUACCCCCCCUGCCCUCCACACACAGAUUAAAAACCACAAGGGUUCUGGACUUUUA